AUGGAGGAGCAAACGCAAACGAAGGAGACGCCGGUGCAAGAGACGCAGGCGCAGCAGCAGCCAGCACAGCAACCCGCACAAGAAACCGCGGCCCCGAGUAGCAACGCGCCAGCUCAGGAAACCGCUCUGCCUCACAUGCCUUUUCCCAAUCCCUCCAACGGGUUCGAUCCUAGCAUGCAAGCCGCGCCAAUGGACCAGGUACUCCCGGAAGCGUUGCAGGAAGUCAUCCCCGGAGCCAUGCCCGGCAUCCUUCCCGGCAUGUUGCCCACGGGCGAGAUGUUCAUGCCUCAGAUCCUCCAGCAGAACGGACAGCAGCAAAUCUUCAUGGGCAACGACAUGCUUCCAAAUAUCCCAGCUCCGGCGCCGGGCAUGAGCGCAGAUGAAAUUGCGCUCUACGACCGUCAAAUCCGCCUCUGGGGCAUAAAGGCCCAGGAAAAGAUCCGCAACGCCAACAUCCUCCUCAUCACAAUGAAGGCCCUCGCCAACGAAAUCGCAAAGAACCUUGUCCUCGCCGGCAUCGGCUCCCUCACCAUCCUCGACGGCGCCCCCGUCUCGGAAUCAGAUCUGGGCUCCCAGUUCUUCCUCUCCGAAGAGGAGCACCACGUCGGGCAGAACCGCGCCCAGGCCGCCGCCGCCGCCAUCCAGAAGCUCAACCCGCGCGUCCGCGUCCACGUCGACGCCGAGGGCAUCAAGUCCAAGGGCACGAGCUACUUCUCCGCGUUCGACAUCGUCAUCGCCACCGACCUCGACCCGGACUCCCUCAACAUCAUCAACACAGCCACCCGCCUGCACCAGCGCGCCUUUUACGCCGCCGGCACCCAGGGCCUCUACGGCUUCGUCUUCUCCGACCUCAUCGAGCACGACUACGUCAUCGAGCGCGACCUCGGCAACAUCGCCACCAAGCUCGCGCCAGAGACGCGGACCCGCAGCGUCGUCGCCGUCAACACCAAAAAGGAAGGCGGCAAGACCAUCGAGAUGGUGACCAAGCGCGAGCUCUACUCGACCUGGUACCUCGCCAGCGACGGCGCCACCCUGCCCGACGAGUACGCAAAGAGCGCGCGCAGGAAAAAGGCCGUCAGCCCCGUCAUCUCGUGCCUGCGCGCCCUCUGGGACUUCCAGGUGCUCAACAGCGGCCGCCUCCCCAGCCACACAAAGGAGGACCUCGGCCUCUUCACCAAGCUCGCCACGGCCAAGCACGCCCAGCUCGGCCUGCCCUCGGAGACGCUGCGCUCCGAGGUCCUGCGCGGCUUCCUGCAAAACAUCGGCAGCGAGAUGGCCCCCGUCACCGCCAUUCUCGGAGGCCAGCUGGCGCAGGACGUCAUCAACGUCCUCGGCCAGACGCAGCAGCCCAUCCAGAACAUGGUCAUCUUUGACGGCAACACCAUGGAGGCGUCGGUCCUCCCGCUCCACCCCGUCGGCGAGCUGGGACGCGGCCUCCUCUCGCUCGCUGCUCCCGCCGGCCUCAUGCCGAAUGGCGGGGGCCUGAUGCCUGCUGAUCCCAGCAUGAUGAUGAGCAUGGAUGGUGCGGUGGACUUCAACAACCAGAUCCUCACGCAGUAG